GUGCCCCGGAAGCGGAAGUGCAUCCUCUUCAUGAAAGGCUGGUCUACGCCGAGUGGUGACGUUUCCUCAUUGGGCGGAAGGUUCGGUGGCAGUCGUCGGUCUUCCAGCUGGUGGGAGUUGGCGUCGUGGUGCUGUGCUGUGGAACUCUAGUUUAUAGUUUGGGAAGUCAGAUUGUGGGGUCGCACCGGUCUGUAUGCUACUCGGCUUGCCUGGGUUUUCUACCUCCGCGUGGGCUCUCGCGAAGGAAUCCCGGGCCCAUUGCGCCACUGCGUUAGUGGUGCCUUUUGCGAUUUUGUCAUAAGUGUAUCUUAAGCCUUCAGGAUGGUACUAGCAGACCUUGGAAGAAAAAUAACAUCAGCAUUACGCUCCUUGAGCAAUGCCACCAUUAUCAAUGAGGAGGUAUUAAAUGCUAUGCUAAAAGAAGUAUGUACAGCAUUAUUGGAAGCAGAUGUUAAUAUUAAAUUGGUGAAGCAACUAAGAGAGAAUGUUAAGUCUGCUAUUGAUCUUGAAGAAAUGGCAUCUGGUCUUAACAAAAGAAAAAUGAUUCAGCAUGCUGUAUUUAAAGAACUUGUGAAGCUUGUAGACCCUGGAGUUAAAGCAUGGACACCCACUAAAGGAAAACAGAAUGUAAUCAUGUUUGUUGGAUUGCAAGGGAGUGGUAAAACAACAACAUGUUCAAAGUUAGCAUAUUAUUACCAGAGGAAAGGUUGGAAGACUUGUUUGAUAUGUGCAGACACAUUCAGAGCAGGGGCUUUUGAUCAACUAAAACAGAAUGCAACCAAGGCAAGAAUUCCGUUCUAUGGAAGCUACACAGAAAUGGAUCCUGUUAUCAUUGCCUCUGAAGGAGUAGAGAAAUUCAAAAAUGAAAAUUUUGAAAUAAUUAUUGUUGAUACAAGUGGCCGCCAUAAACAAGAAGACUCUUUGUUUGAAGAAAUGCUUCAAGUUGCUAAUGCUAUACAACCUGAUAAUAUUGUUUAUGUGAUGGAUGCCUCCAUUGGGCAGGCUUGUGAAGCCCAGGCCAAGGCUUUUAAAGAUAAAGUAGAUGUAGCUUCAGUAAUAGUGACAAAGCUUGAUGGCCAUGCAAAAGGAGGUGGUGCACUCAGUGCAGUUGCUGCUACAAAAAGUCCAAUUAUUUUCAUUGGUACAGGGGAACAUAUAGAUGACUUUGAACCUUUCAAAACACAGCCUUUCAUCAGCAAACUUCUUGGUAUGGGUGACAUUGAAGGACUGAUAGAUAAAGUCAACGAGUUGAAGUUGGAUGACAAUGAAGCACUAAUAGAGAAGUUGAAACAUGGUCAGUUUACCUUAAGAGAUAUGUAUGAACAAUUUCAGAACAUCAUGAAAAUGGGCCCCUUCAGUCAGAUCUUGGGGAUGAUCCCUGGUUUUGGAACAGACUUUAUGAGCAAAGGAAAUGAACAGGAGUCAAUGGCAAGGCUAAAGAAAUUAAUGACGAUAAUGGAUAGUAUGAAUGAUCAAGAACUUGACAGUACGGAUGGUGCCAAGGUUUUUAGUAAGCAACCAGGAAGAAUCCAAAGAGUAGCAAGAGGAUCAGGUGUGUCGACGAGAGAUGUUCAAGAACUUUUGACACAAUACACUAAAUUUGCUCAGAUGGUAAAAAAGAUGGGUGGUAUCAAAGGACUUUUCAAAGGUGGUGACAUGUCUAAGAACGUAAGCCAGUCUCAGAUGGCAAAAUUGAAUCAACAGAUGGCCAAAAUGAUGGAUCCAAGAGUUCUUCAUCAUAUGGUUUCCCAAAACGCAGCUGAUGAGUUAACUGGCAUAGAUCCCUAUGCCAGCCAGGUACAGGUAGGAAGCCAUGACGUCACGGGUGCUGCCAGGCAGUGGCUCAGCAUUCUCUGGAUGUGGGCAGGGCCGGAAGCGGCCCCGCAGAAGGCCCCGCCUUCGCCUCGUCCCCUCCCCGCCUCGCCAGCCGGCGCCAGUAGAGCCUCUCAGGCCUCGGUGUGCGAGCGACUAGGCUGCGGAGCGAGGCUUGCGAGGCGCUCGCCGGCCACGCCCUCAGGCCCGCCGGCCCCCUCGCCUGUGGCGUGGCUGGGUGCGGUGCGAGACGGCGCUGCCGGUGAGUGCCAUUUCCCAACAGCGGGGCUAGGUCAGUGA